AUGUCUAUUACCGUCCAACCUUACUCUUUUCCAUUCGAUCGUCUUCUCCAAGGACUACUGAGCGACUUGGAACAGUUUAACCAAGGAUUUGCUCCAUGUUUGAAGACCAACAUGGGUGUGGAUAUCGGAAAUGAGUUGAAAGGAGUUGUCAACGACGCUGAUAAGUUUGCAGUUUCCAUCGACGUUUCUCAUUUCAAACCAGAAGAGCUCAAAGUGAACUUAGAAGGUCGUGUUCUCUCUAUUGAAGCCAAUCAGGAGAAGAAGGAUGAAAACAACUUCUUCCAAAGAUCUUUUGCUCGCCGCUGGACAUUGCCAGAGGAUGUGGAUCUUACAGCCAUCAGCUCAUCUAUCACACCUGAAGGGUGUUUGGCCAUAGAGGCUCCUAAGAGAGGCAAAGAUGCUGUCAAGAGUAUACCCAUAGUCCCAGCUGUGAAGCAAUAA